GACACCUAGGGGCCGCCCCGCGCCCAGCCAGAGAGGAAAACACAGACAGUGAGGAGGCAUAGCACAGGGUAGCCACGGGCAAGGAGCAUCCCAGCCCUCAUCUCUGGGACCAAAUGUAAGAGGGGCAACCGUGGGGCCCCUGUGGGCAGACACACCUUGGCCCUGCCAAUUCUGCCCUCUUUUGGCCCUGUCUUGAUCAAGGGCCUACCGUGGCUUUCAGGAGCACCAUGUACAGUUGUACAGGUUGUUCACUGCAUAAGCGCACCUGGCCCAGUGAGGGCUAAAAUCCAGCCCAAGCUCUGCUGGCCAAGCUAUGUGCCCUGGUGCACGACUGCAUCUAAAGUGGAGGAAGAGAGACCCAGGAAUCCAAAAUGGCAUCAGUCAUACCACUGAAGGAAGAGAAGCUCCUGGAUGUCAAAAUAGGGGAGCUGCCAAGCUGGAUACUGACGCAGGAUUUCACCCCUAAAGGCAUUGCUGGAGCAUUUCAAAGAGGUUACUACCAGUAUUACAAGAAGUAUGUCAGUGUGAAGAAAGGGAGCUUUGCUGGGCUUUCUACGGUGCUGGCAGCUUACAUGCUUUUCAACUACUGCUGUUCUUACAAGGAGUUCGAACACGAGUGGCCACGCAAAUACCACUGAAGAGGGCCCGGUGUGAAGGGCACACUCUGCAUUCCUGACCUUUGCCCAGCAGCCCUGAAUCCUUUCAUAUCCUAAUUGAGAAUUAAUACCCAAUAAAAGAUGACUGGUAAACAACAGAGGAAGAGCAUCUUUGUAUUCUUCCAAAAAGGGGUGACUUUUUCUCACUGGUGUCCUCAGAGGAGACACUUUUUUUUCUAAUUGGCAUCACAGAGGCUAGCCGUGGCCAUAAUGCUCCUGCUGGCCACCAGCUUAUACAUCAAGCCCAAAAUCCUUUACAAAAGGUCUCCCCUGUACCACUGCCUAAAUCCUCCCAAGAACCCCACCAGCUUGCCAGCCUAUGAAACCUGGCCUGGUCUGACUCCUGCAGCUUCCUCCCCCAGUACACAUUCCUUCUCCUCGGACUAAUACAUGGCAGUGUACACUAUCUCAAUGCACACAGUAUGUGCUUUUAACUGCAUUUCUUCUCUAGCCCCUCCUCCCUGAAGCCUCCCUCUCCUGGCAGACCUGAGCUAGUCACGGUCUAGAUGUGUGCGCCCUGGGCUUGCACAACAGACCUUGGCAUUGUCAAGGAUCUGGCCCUCAGCCUCAGAGAACCUAAGUGUCACUGUUUUCCCCAUGAAACAAGCGCGAGGGAACAGGUGGAUCCUCUAAGCUGCUUCACAC